GAGACAUAGGCAGAGGGAGAAGCAGACUCCUUGCAGGGAGCCCGAUGUGGGACUCGAUCCUAGGACCCCAGGAUCAUGUCCUGGGCUGAAGGGAGAUGCUACAUCACUGAGCCACCCAGGCGUCCCUAAUACGACAAUUCCAAAUAUAUAAUUGUGGUUCCAAACCAGGACCUUAGCUCUGAAAGUAGCCAACUGAAAAUACUGGCACUUAUUCCAACAUGGGGGAGAAAAGUCCUCCCUGUGGGGGCAAACCCCAAGUCACGGGUGCCUCCUGGAAGUGCCUGCUUAACUCGACCAUUAAAGCAGAACAGUGGCUACUGCAAGAGCCUAUUGAAAGAAUUGAGUGCAUUUUUGAAUAUAUAGUGCAGGUAUGAAAACGAAGCAAUAGUUGGUUAUUUUUAUUUUUUUAAGAUUUUAUUUACUUAUUCAUGAGAGACACACACAGAGAGAGCGAGAGAGGCAGAGACACAGGCAGAGGGAGAAGCAGGCUCCAUGCAGGGAGCCCAACGUAGACUCCAGGAUCAGGCCCCGGGCUGAAGGCAGACACUAAACUGCUGAGCCACCCAGGGUUCCCAACUUCAAAUAUGUUUUUAAAACAGUAUUAUCUCAAAAGAACUUGUUACAAAAUGUGUUAUCAGUAAUAGCCUGUAAAGUUGUAAGAAAAUGUGCAUUUGGAUAAGAAUUCAGUCAGUUAAUAGUCUACGUGAAAAAGAGAGACUUCUGUGAAUCCUGAAACUUCUAACAGGCCUGCUCUGGAUAUCUCAGGAAUGCUGUCUGUCUGCUCCAAUUCCGGGAAGUCUUUCCUUUCGAGUCACCAGGUGGUGUGCAGGUCCAAUCAGGGUUUGGUGCUUUCCUGAUAAUAUGUCAUAUGACUCCAGGAUUCUAGUCCUUGGAGUUUGGCAGCACCAGAGAGGGGACUUUCCAGCGAGGUUGAAAAGCCUUUCUGGAGGUCUCUCUUCCAAUAAACAAAAUCUCCAGGUGCAAGAUUUCGAACAGGCUCAGGGCGGUGACUUCUGGGAUUUGCAGCAUCCCCCUAAGAGUUUAGACCCGCGGGCCAAUAGCAUUCGAGCACAGGCGGUGGGACCCGCCCGGGACCCUCGAACUAGCCAAUGAGAAGCGCACGGGCCCUGGUCGCCUGGGAAACCGCGUGACAACAAGAUGGCGGCGCCGCGGGACGGCUCCCAGGCCCUGCGCGGGAGUUCCUGACAGCUAGAAUCUAGAAGUAGAGCUAUGAGCUCACCUUUGGCCUCCCUUGGCAAGACCCGAAGAGUCCCCCUGCAGUCAGAGCCUGUGAAUCCAGGGAGGCGAGGGAUAAAACUCUACGGAGAUGAAGACGAGGUGGACGUGCUAAAUAAUGGACAUGGCUCAGAAGAAAGGAUCUCCAUCCCUUCAUGCUAUGGCGGAGUAGGUGCCCCUGUGAGUAGGCAAGUCCCUGUAUUCCAUGACUCGGAGCUGGUGGCCACCUUGACCAGGAAGAUGCGAGACCUGGAGCGGCAAGUGAAGUCUCAGGCUGAUGAGCUUCUGUCCAAGGAUCGGAAGAUACGGGCCCUGGAGGAAAUGGUGCAGACCUUCCAGGAGCACGAGGGCAAGGUGAAGGCGCAGCAGCAGCAGGAGCUGGAGACCAUGUGCUCGCGGCUCCAGCGGCAGGUCGGGGAGAUGGAGCGGUUCCUCGGGGACUACGGGCUGCAGUGGGUGGGCGAGCCCGCUGACGACGAGGACUCAGAGGACCAGUCAGACUCAGAGGAUGGCAAGAGGGACUGGAUGACAGCCAAGAAGUUGUGGAAACCAGGGGACUCAUUGGCACCCCCCGAGGUGGACUUUGACAGGCUGCUGGCCAGCCUGAAGGAUCUCAGUGAGCUGGUGGUAGACGGUGACACCCAGGUGACACCAAUGCCCGGUGGUGCACGGCUCCGUGUCCUUGAGCCCAUCCCACUGAAGCUCUAUCGGAAUGGCCUCAUGAUGUUCGAUGGGCCCUUCCGGCCCUUCCAUGACCCCUCCACACAGCGCUGCCUCCGAGACAUACUGGAUGGCUUCUUCCCCUCAGAGCUCCAGCGCCUGUACCCUGAUGGAGUCCCCUUCAAGGUGAGUGAUCUGCGCAAUCAGGUUUACCCAGAGAAUGGGCUGGACCCAUUCCCAGGUGAGGGCCGUGUGGUGGGUCGACAGAGGAUGCACAAGCCCCUGGACAGGAUGGAGCACUCAGGCUCCAGGAUGACUGCUGAGAAGUUUCUGAACAGGCUCCCCAAGUUUGUGAUCCGGCAAGGUGAGGUGGUUGACAUCCGGGGACCCAUCCGGGACACCCUGCAGAACUGCUGCCCACUGCCUGCCCGGAUCCAGGAAAUUGUGGUAGAGACACCAGCCUUGGCUGCUGAGCGUGAGAGGAACCAGGAGUCCCCAGAGUCACCAGGACGCCUGCUCUCCAUGCUGCGCAUCAAGUCUGAGAAUGGUGAGCAGGCCUUCCUGCUGAUGAUGCGGCCUGAGGACACUGUUGGUGAUGUGCGCACCCUGCUUGCACAGGCCAGGGCUGUGGAUGCCACCACCUUCGAGAUCUUCAGUACAUUCCCACCCACGGUCUACCACGACGACACGGCCACACUGCAGGCAGCAGGCCUGGUGCCCAGUGCAGCGCUGCUGCUUCGGGCGAGCCGGGCCCCACUGCCUGACCCAGGACCCAGCCCCAGCUCCAAAUAAAGCGCCCGCUCCCACA